AUCGUUAGUUAACGGCGGAGGCAGGUCGCCUCCGGUGGAGGGCGUUUCUUGAGCGCGGCUCUUUAAACGGAGCGCGGUACCGGUUCGCUCCGCCUUAGUCCGGCGACGACUCCAACGGAGGCGCAGAAUUGGGAGCGAUGGUGGAUUUGAGGCUCACAAGGGGCUUCAUCUUCUUCGAAUUAGAACCCUAGCGACGUCCUCUGGGAUCCAAAAGGUGAAGUUUUGCUUUGUUUGGGUCCUUUUCAUUCUCUUGGAAUCAUAGACUCGGGUGGUGGAAUACAUGGAAUGGAUCUGUGAGUGUCUUCUUCUGUGGGAUGCGUUCAUUGAUUCCGGCGGAAUUCGAAAUCCACCAAUCAGCUAGUAGCUGCAGGAGGAGGAGGAGGUGAUUACAGAGCGGAAAACAAAGAGAAAAGAGGGAUGGGAGAAGAUCUUCUCACCACCUUAUCCAUUGAGAACCGCCAUCCCUCCACCCUCCUCACGAUGGAUCCUUCAGGUGGCACGGUGUCCUCUUCGUCCUAUGAGGAUUCGGACCGCCAACUCUUCAUCCAGCAUCAGCAGGUUGUCCUUUCCGUUGCGCCAGACAUCAACCUCCCUCUCUCUGUUGCGCGUUCCCCUUCCCAGCAAUCAUGGAAUUCGGACACUGGUGACAUCUUGGAUGUUGGUCUUGGUCCACAGAUCUAUGAUGCAGAGACAACCCGCCACAUCCCAAAGGCCACCGCUGCCCGCAAGUGCUCCAAGCGAGGGGAUAGCAUAUGGGGAGCGUGGUUCUUCUUUAGCUGCUACUUCAAGCCUAUGCUGUCGGAGAAAUCCAAAGGAAAGGUCGUCCGACACGAUGUGUUCAUGGUGCAGCAUGACAUGGAGAACAUGUACAUGUGGGUCUUCAAAGAACGACCGGAGAACGCGCUCGGAAAGAUGCAACUGCGGAGCUAUAUGAACGGGCACUGCCGUCCCGGCGAACCUCGGUUCCCAUUCAGUGUCGACAGGGGGUUCGUUCGAUCUCAUAAGAUGCAGCGGAAGCAGUAUCGGGGACUGUCGAAUCCGCAGUGCGUCCAUGGAAUCGAGGUCGUCAGAUCACCCGAUCCGAAGCUUGUUCGUGAGGUGGAUCGCCAGAAGUGGGUGGAGCUCACAGGCAGGGAUCUUAAUUUCUCGAUCCCACCUGAAGCAAGUGAUUUCGAGUCAUGGAGGAAUCAACCCAGCACUGAAAUUGAGCUCGAGAGGCGGCCUCGUCCUCCUCCAAAGGGCACUUCACAUACCCAUCCUGAAAACUUGUCUUCUUCACAGUCAAAUCAUUGUAAUGGUGAUGGAAUGGACCGCUCUUCUGUCUGCAGCAAACGCAGGAAGGAUUUCUUCCUCCCUGCCAUGGAUGAGGAUCGGGAUCAAGUUGAGCCCUCAUGGCUGAAUGAAUUUACUGGCGUGAUGAGGCAUGCAUAUGGGCCCGUGACCGCAGCAAAGACGAUCUACGAAGACGACGACGGGUACUUGAUAAUGAUCAGCUUGCCAUUUGCCGAUCAACAGAGGGUGAAAGUUUCUUGGAGGAACAGUGUGAUGCAUGGGAUACUGAAGAUAAUUUGUGUCAGCACUGCUCGGACGCCAUACAUAAAGCGGCAUGACAGGACCUUCAAGCUGACCGAUCCUUCUCCGGAGCAUUGCCCUCCGGGGGAGUUUGUAAGGGAAAUAACACUACCGAUGCGAAUCCCGGAAGAUGCGAAUCUGGAAGCAUACUACGACGAGAGUGGUGCUUUGCUUGAGAUCAUGGUUCCGAAACACCGAAUGGGGCCAGAAGAACAUGAAGUCCGUGUGUGCAUUCUUCGUCCUCAUCACCGGUGAAGUCGGCGCUAAUGCACUUUUGUCAACCUGAACCAGUGAAAUCUGUCAAAUCGAAGCGCAUCAGAGUAAGCCUUGCCGCUUGCUUACCGACCUGCACUGAUGUGGAUGGGACUCAGUAGGAAGGUGACGGAUGGCUAAGGUUGAUGAGUCUUGGAUUCAGUGUCGCGAGUCGGAGUUAGAUUUGACUUCUUUUUCCUCUAAUUAUGUUGCAGUUCCAUCGGUCAAAACCUAAGUUAUUAUUUUGGCCGAAGAGCAACGAGGAAUAAAAAGAUCCUCAGGAAUGCAUGACUUCUCUCUCUGGAACGUUGAUGUUACCGCGUCC